AUGGCCGACGGUUUGAACAUGGGUAGCCUUACCCUCAACGACUCUCAGCAUGCGCCCGCUGGAGGCCCUCCCUCCGGCGGAGGCCGCGCUGCCUACAUCCCCCCACACCUCCGUCAGCGCCAGGUUGGUGCCAAUGCCGAUGGAGCCUCUGCUCCUCCCCCAGGCCCUGCAGGUGGCUCGUGGGGCGGUCCUCGAGGUCCCCGUGGCGGCAACUGGGCCAAUGCCAACGCUCCUGAUUUCAAUCCCCGUGGUCCCAAUGGUAACACCAACACCGAUACCGGCAACACCGGCUGGACUGCCACUGAAGGCAGCCGUCCAUCAUUCAACCCAGAUGCUUACGGAAACCCAGGUCACGGAGGCGGAGGCGGCUACGCAGGUGCCUCAGCCCGAGGAUCCGGAGACGGCCAGUGGCGCGACGGCAAGCAUAUCCCUGGCCCCGCGAACGCCCGUCUGGAGCGCGAACUUUUCGGUGUCCCCAACGACCCCACCAAACAGAACACCGGUAUCAACUUUGCAAACUACGAUGAUAUCCCCGUUGAGGCCUCCGGUCACGAUGUCCCUGAGCCCGUGAACACAUUCACCAACCCUCCUUUGGACGACCACCUCAUUUCGAACAUUGCCCUUGCCCGCUACCAGACUCCUACGCCUGUCCAGAAGUACUCGAUCCCCAUUGUCAUGAACGGCCGUGAUCUCAUGGCUUGCGCUCAGACUGGUUCCGGAAAGACAGGUGGUUUCCUCUUCCCCAUUCUGUCCCAGGCUUACCAGAACGGUCCUGCUGCUCCCCCUCCUUCCGCGGCCGGGCAGUUCGGUCGCCAGCGUAAGGCUUACCCCACUUCGCUGAUUCUGGCUCCUACUCGUGAACUUGUCUCUCAGAUUUUUGACGAGGCUCGCAAGUUCGCUUACCGCUCAUGGGUCCGCCCUUGCGUUGUCUAUGGUGGUGCUGAUAUCGGCUCCCAACUGCGCCAGAUUGAGCGUGGCUGCGACCUCCUCGUUGCCACCCCUGGUCGUCUUGUUGAUCUCAUCGAGCGCGGCCGUAUUUCCCUCGUCAACAUAAAGUACUUGAUUCUUGACGAAGCUGACCGCAUGUUGGACAUGGGUUUCGAGCCUCAGAUCCGUCGUAUCGUCGAGGGCGAGGAUAUGCCUAAUGUCAACGACCGCCAGACUCUCAUGUUCUCGGCUACCUUCCCCCGUGACAUUCAGAUGUUGGCUCGUGACUUCCUGAAGGACUACGUUUUCUUGUCCGUCGGCCGUGUUGGGUCUACUUCCGAGAACAUCACACAGAAGGUCGAAUACGUCGAGGAUCACGACAAGCGCUCCGUUCUUUUGGAUAUUCUUCACACCCACGGCACUACUGGCCUCACUCUUAUCUUCGUUGAGACUAAGCGUAUGGCUGAUGCCCUGUCCGAGUUCCUGAUCAACCAGCGCUUCCCCGCUACCGCCAUUCACGGUGACCGUACCCAGCGUGAGCGUGAGCGUGCCCUCGAGAUGUUCCGUUCUGGCCGGUACCCCAUCCUUGUUGCUACCGCUGUCGCUGCUCGUGGUCUCGAUAUCCCCAACGUCACCCACGUCAUCAACUACGAUCUUCCCACCGAUAUUGACGACUACGUCCACCGCAUUGGUCGUACCGGUCGUGCUGGUAACACCGGUAUCGCCACUGCUUUCUUUAACCGUGGCAACCGUGGUGUCGUCCGCGACCUGAUUGAUCUUCUGAAGGAAGCUCACCAGGAAGUCCCCUCCUUCUUGGAGAGCAUUGCUCGUGAAGGUAGCGGAUACGGCGGUCGUGGAGGCCGUGGUGGCCGUGGCCGCGGCGCCAACGCUACUCGUGACAUGCGUCGCAUGGGUGGUGGCGGCAUGGGUGGUGCUCCCUCGUAUGGCGGUGGUGGUGGCUUUGGCGCUCCCGCUGGCGGAUACGGUGGGGGGGGUGGUGGUGGUUACAGCAGUGGCCCCUCUUAUGGCGGCGGUGGUGGUAGCUACGGCGGCGGUUACGGCGGUGGUGGUUAUGGCAACCCGUCUGGCCCUACCGGACCUUCUUCCUGGUGGUAA